AAUAUACUAACAAAUCUCCACCCUCCCCGGUUCGGAUUGGCUGCGGUUCCCGGCGGGAGGCGGGACUUCUGCUCAAACCGGUGGCGCCAAGGCCGGGGCCGGCCGCGAUGGAGGCCGUGCUGGAGCAGGUGGAGCAGCUGCCCGCGCUCCUGGCCGUCUCCCGCUCCGCGCUGGUGCGGGACUGGGACUCCCUGACCCUGGACAGGGCUCUAGAGUGGGCUCGGUAUUUCCAGCACCUCCACGACCGCUUCCGCACCCGGCCUCGGCUCCGGGAGGCCCUGGGGCGGCGGCUGCGGCGGGCCGCGGGGCGGCUGCGCUGGCUGUCCGGUGUCCUGGAGCAGCUCUCCCAGCCCCGGGCCUUCGAGGUGGCGGCGGCGGCGCUGCUGCUGCUGAGGCAGGGGAGUGGCGCUGAGCAGGCCGGAGGCGGGGGUCGGGAUGGGAACAGCCUAGACGGAAACCAGGCGAGUGGAACAGGAGAUGGAUCCGUUGCCGGGCCCCUGCUUUCCUGGCUGCUGGGGAACCUGGAGCGAUUUUCUGCCUUCUGCCUUUUCCUCCCAGGCUCCCUUCUUGCCUCCCUAGCUGGUCACUAUCCCCAGUUAAGCAGACCUUAUUUGGACCUUUUAACCAGCUGGGGAAGCCACUUGCUCUAUGACCCCUUGCAGGGACAGUGGGUUAAAAGUUGUUUUGAUGAAGCUGAAUUGUCCUGGGAUGAGCUGAGGGAGCGCUUCACCUGCCUCUGUCAGGGAUCUGCGCUACUCAAAGGGCAGACCCAGGCUGCUCUGAAACUCCUGAAGGCACAGGAGGGAGACUUUAAAGUCUGUGGCCUAAGUGUGUGGACUGACUUACUGAUGGAAGUAGAGGAAUAUCUGAGAAAAGCAGCAGAGCGCUAA